UUGCUAUUACAUUGCUAUUACGUAUUUCAGGGUCGACUCCAGACUGUAGGUGCGACUAUUCCCACCCGCCAACAAUUAUUAAAAGGUGUCGACGCUAAAUUUGGAGAGCGACUCCUCGAUGAAAUGCUUGAUCGCACUGGAGUUAGGCUUUCUGAUGUGGCUGGCUGUGAAUCGGCUAAAGAAGCCCUUGAAGAGGCUGUGAUAUUGCCUGCUUUGAAUCCUGGACUGUUCAGUGGCUUACGGCAACCUGUAAAAGGAAUCCUGUUAUUUGGUCCUCCAGGAAAUGGUAAAACUAUGCUUGCGAAAGCUGUUGCCUCUGAGGCUCGCCAAGUAUUUUUUAACAUCUCAGCUGCAAGCUUAACAUCAAAAUGGGUUGGAGAUGCAGAGAAAACAAUUAGAUGCUUAUUUCAAAUAGCCAGAAAUGCUCAACCAUCUAUCAUUUUUAUUGACGCUUUUCAUCUCAACCUUAUAGAUGAAAUCGAUUCGAUUCUUUGCGAUCGUACCGAGAAGGACACUGAAGUCUCAAGACGAAUGAAAACGGAAUUCUUGUUACAAUUCGAUGGUGCUACCAGUAGUACUGAGGAUCGAAUUCUUGUGAUUGGAGCAACUAAUCGGCCGCAUGAACUGGAUGACGCAGUGCUG